CCUUUUGUCAAUAACACAAGCGGGAAUACGGAAAUACGUAUCUUUCCGUUCCGCCCGUAUCUUGGGAUAUUACUGUCGAUGGCACACAAGGAGACUCUAUGUGCCCUUGGAGACGCUUUGAGGGGAGAUUUGGUCACAGCGGUUCCUGUGGUCACGCACGACAUAUUGAUUGGAGUCGUUCGACGGCACAACAACUGUCUUGGUGUUCUGCGCGAAGGAUGUGAUUUGCUUGUCAAAAGCUUGGAGGUGGUCAAGGAACAACAGAGACUUGUAGCACGAGUGUCCACAAAUGCUUUUAUAUUUACCUCUUCAGCAUAGGCUUUAGCCAGAGUAGGAGCAGCCGAUACCACCCUGGGACUGCAUGAAUCUCGUCUAGACGAUCUAGGCCACCGCUUUGAAAAAAUGGAUGCCCAGGUUUCCCAUUUGUGGAAACAAAUGGAUAAGUUGUCUGCUCUAGAAAUCCAACAGCAGGAGCAAGUGGUGCAAACGAGGGAACUCCAGUGCUGCUUCCAAAAGCUUACUAUAACCAGAGAGCAAGAAGCACUUGAGAACAAGGAACAACUCGAAACAUUCCGAGGUUGGGCUUGGUCUUGUGCUCUAUGAUGAAAGAUGAUGAGCCAUAUAGGUGCCAUUGCUACGCAGGAUCAGUCCAUCUUGACCAUUCAAGACAAACUAAGUCGCCUCUCAAAAGAGCUCUACAUAAGUUCUGAUCAGAUACAUGUUGUCAGGCGUUCAGAUCCCGAAAAUGGUGCUGUCUUUGACAACCCUGUCGACAUUGGGCGUAACGGCACUAGCAGAGCUUCAUUGACCAACGAACUAGAGUGCAUGAAUACCAUGGCUCAGGAGAUGGCACGUAAUAUGGAGUUGCAGCGACGCAUGGCUACCACGCAGAGCAAGCAACUCGAAUUGAAAGCAUGCAAGGAAACCGAAGCGAUCGCCAACCAAAAUAAAGAGCACCUGGGAAAAAUACAGCAAUUCCUCGAUUCAAAUAUGGAUGUCAACUUGAUGGACAUACGUCGCAAUCAAGACCUCUUACUGUCGCAACUUGAAGAUUAUCACAUGCUCCUCGACGAGAAAACUACCGAAAAGCAGGUGGAUUCUCGCAUAGAACGCCGGUACGAUGAUUUGGUGUCCCAUCUUCAGCUCGCCAUGCAGUCUGUAAAAGCUGACGAAGCCAAUUUCAAGGCGUGUAUUCAGCGGAUCGAGCAGGCCAAUUCUCAGCUCCUGACAAAUAAGGCAGAGCGCUCGGAACUAAACGAGUUGUAUUUGUCAGAGCAUGAAGAACAUCUAAACGUUUACUGUUUCACCCUAGGCGGGCGCAGUUGGGAGUGCAGUUGGCAAAUUCGACAAAAGCAUCGCAAGAGCUUAGCCCAGAGGUACGUACUCUGUUGCGGAGUGCCGUUCAGCGCGAUGAGAUCCUCACGAUGCUCAAAGGCAAAGCAGAGAAAUCGCUAAUGGACGUUCUGUCAACUCAAACUACAUCCUUGCUAGAGUCAAGUGACAAACUCAACAGUCGCAUGUCUGCUUUAUCCGAGCAGCAGACGCGGGCUAUCUCUGUCCUUGCAUUACAGAGUGAGCAGAGCGAUGCUCUUCUUGAUUCGCGUUUAAGUCACUUAGAAGCGAUUCAAAACUCGUUGUAUCCCCAAGCAAAGGGGUCGCCAGCUUCGCAGACACAAAACCUUCAGGAGCAAUGUGAUUCUAUGCCAAUUUCGCAGGAUAACACCGCAGAAAAGGCACCAACCCUUCCAUAUAUCAACGAUGGAGUCGAUUCAGUGCAGAAAAUGAAGACGGCAGCCCCAUCAAGCUCAUUGCCAAACACUAGUCGACACUCAACCGCACUGCAAGAAUCAGACUCAACGAUUCCUUCAUCUUCUUUUGAGAUGCUGCCAAAAAAAAAGAGAACAUUAAAAGGCGGGCCGUUGGCACCUAGGGCACCAUUAGUGUCAUUCUUGCAGCCGCAGUCCUCUCCAUGAGCUGAUGUAAUCUCCUGUGGUGACAGGCCUUUAUCUCUAGUUCAGAGUACUAUACGCGGCAUGGAAUAGCUCCCCUGGAUCAACGAGAAAGUUAGCCAAGCUGCCUAGUGAAAUGGAAUUUUUAGCCUAGAGUCUCCUUACGCUUGAUCCGCUCCCGUGACUGCCAGUGGGGGCAACUGUUUGGUCCGUGAUUAUGUACAUCCAUGAUUACUGUUUGCCAGUGGGCCUGAGGCCGCCAGUAAGCCUCAGGGCGGCCAGGGAACGCCACCACGAACUAUUGCCCCAGUUGGAGAGUCACCCUUGGGAUUUUGUAUACUUCAUGUCCCAUCCUGACGGAUGAUACGUAUGAUAUUCAAAUACCGAUUUUUGAAAUCCAAUAUAAAAAUGACCAUGACAAAAAAAUCGCCAACUUGAAAUAUUUUUAUCCGUUGGCGUUGAUUGUCAUCGGCGAUGCCCGUCAGAACCCCGAAGAACUCCCAACGAUUAUCAUUUGGGAUUAGUGUGGGGGAGCACUUACCUAAUGAUAUUAGGCCCGGGCC